AAUGCAGCUCCACACCUUUCCGGGGUAGCAGCACUGCGACCAGCUCCACUCAAAGGAGAAAGACGAGAGCUGGGUGUAUUUACCGAGACAGGAGGGGUAGAUAGGAGGGGGACGAGAGUUUCGCAAGUGGAUACGCGUGUUUGUUGGGUCACUGAGGUUUUUUUUUUUAACCUCCCGACUCGUCCCUUCCACGGUGAAGUCACCUGGCGCGACGCUUGAUGGAGUAGCCGCAGAAAGCUGCUUUUCUCUGGUAGCGGUGAAGAGAACAAGGGCGCACCCGGUGAGGAGCACCGCCACACACAAACCACCAGAAGGAAUUCACAAGUACCGCGGCUUCUUUUUUUUUUCUUCCAAGGAGGGGGCCCUUAAAUACACGCCGUGUCUGCUUGGUCUGCAGCUCCCUAAUCGCCACGGCCUGUAUUUGUCACACCGCUUUCUGUUGAUUUGGGCAAAUACAAUGAACGUCCUGCAACAGCUGCUGCCAAGUUCUUAGUGUGACCGUGCCAUGUUGUGUACAGGCCCUGACAACACUGUGCUGCUGCUGCUGCUCUGAACAUAAAUGCCCCUGCACUUAACAGCAUCCUGACAGACUUUCAAGUCCCCAAAGUCUACCGUUUGUUAGGUUUUUAACAUGUGUGUGCAUUUUUGACUUUUUUUUUUCUUCCUCCUCUCCUUCCAACGUAUGCUCUUCACUGAGUCAUGUGUUCACCAGUCAGCCCGUAAUAAAAAGCUGAAGCUGUAUUGUACGUGAAUAAUCAUCAUCAUCAUCAUCAUCAGCACGGUGUCAGAAACUUUUAUUUUUUUCUCUCGUUAGGAACAAAGUAUUUAUGCACAAGAGUUCAAGAUGGGGAAAAUGCUCUCAAAAAUUUUUGGCAACAAGGAGAUGAGAAUAUUGAUGCUCGGACUGGAUGCUGCUGGAAAGACAACAAUCCUUUACAAACUGAAACUCGGACAGUCUGUGACCACAAUCCCCACAGUCGGCUUCAAUGUGGAAACUGUCACCUACAAAAAUGUCAAGUUCAACGUGUGGGAUGUUGGAGGCCAGGACAAGAUCCGUCCCCUGUGGCGACACUACUACACGGGCACCCAGGGGUUAAUUUUCGUGGUGGAUUGCGCGGACAGGGAUCGCAUCGACGAGGCGAGGCAGGAACUCCACCGCAUCAUCAACGACCGGGAGAUGAGGGAUGCCAUCAUCUUGAUAUUCGCCAAUAAGCAAGACCUUCCGGAUGCCAUGAAGCCACACGAAAUCCAAGAGAAGCUCGGAUUGACCCGCAUCAGAGAUAGGAAUUGGUAUGUUCAGCCCUCCUGUGCGACCACAGGUGACGGACUGUAUGAGGGCUUGACAUGGCUAACCUCAAAUUACAAAUCUUAAUGAUUGAGUGCUGACUGUUUUAGGUCAAAACUGUAAUAAAGUUGCAAGUAACAAAUAACUUCUCGAAAUGAGUAUGGUUAAGAAAUUUGAUUAUCUCCCAUUUAUUUUUAAUACUACGUUUACCCCAUGACUAAUUUAUCUUUAACUGGGUUUGCCGGCUUAAAGUUUGCUUGUACUCUGUAGCAGGCCUAUAUCACAUUCAUUAUUAUUGGGGCUUGCUUGAUGAAUAUUGAAUUAAUUGAUUCUAAGGUUAAAGCCACAGAGAUCACCGCCUUUGCCUGUUCUUUUUUUCCUGUUUUAUAUAAUUUUUUCUAAUGAAGCUGAGGAGUUUUUAUCUUCAUUCUUGGACUGAAGCUUGUUUCGAGGUUCUUCUGUCUCUGUUGCGUUGAGCUUGGAUCUUUUUUUCUUCUGAGGCGAGCUCUUCAAUGUCAUGUAGCCUACUUGAAGAAGGACUUUGACAUUUGUUUUAACACAGUACUGUGAUGGAAAAGUAUUCCUUCUCGAUGGUGUUGAGAAAGAGGAAAAAAAAAAAAAGCAAGUUUAAAAGGAAAAAAAAAAAAAUAUCACCAAUGCUUACAUUUCAUUGUCAUCAGUCUGGGCAUCAGAUAAAAAAUUACUUGGGACAUGUUUUUGUUACCCCACCCAGUACCCUUAUGUGGGCUAUAUAGUUAACUGAUUGACCUUUUGUGUCAUGUCUUGAUACCUAAUUGUGCUGAAUAUUCAACAAAUAGGCCUCCAGUAACUCUUAAACAUGCUUGUCGGGAUGCAUUUUUAAUUUUUUGGGUAAUACGUAGUCAGUCGACUCAAUCUUUCCAAAGGAAUGUCAUUCAGCUCUGUGCUCUCAAUCUGAUACCACAGUUGAUUAGUCUCAGUAUUGGGACAUUAUAUGAUAGCCUAUAUCUGUAGCAUGAGUACGAAAGUACAUUAACCCUACAUCAGAGUCCAUCUGUCGUGCAGUCAGAGGGAGCUGUUUACUGGUGAAAUGUUGAACGACACCCUGUGGUGCAGCUCUUACUCCUAUUUUGACUGGGGGGAACCAUGUACAGAACAAUGUCAUUGUAAUGUCUUAUUAAAAAAGUGAUUUUAAAUCC